AUCUGCUGUGCGAGUCCACAGCCAGCGGAGCAAGAUGGCGGUCCCUACGAAACAGUAUGGGCUCAUUUUGCCACAAAAGAAGGGAUUAUCAAAGACCAAUACCUUACCAAAACCCUCUGUAUUCGAUGAUGACUCCGAUGAAGAGACCUCAGUUGGGGAAAGCCUGCAGAGAGAAUCUAUAAAAAAGAAGAUGAUGAAACAAACGCGUCUGGAGAUGCAGAAGGCCCUGGAACAGGACAGUACUGUAUAUGACUACGAUGCUGUGUACGAUGACAUUCAAAAACAGAGACUAGAGACCAGCAAAAAAAUCCUGGGAGGCACAGACAAAAAGCCAAAAUAUAUCCACCAGUUAAUGAAAGCAGUAGAGGACCGAAAGAAAGAGCAAGAACGAAGGGAGGAGAGGAAGAUUCAGAAGGAAAGAGAAGCAGAGGGAGAGAAGUUUGCGGAUAAAGAGGCUUAUGUUACAUCCGCCUAUAGGCAAAAACUGCAGGAACAGAAGGAGGAGGAGGAGAGAGAGAAGCGAGAGGCAGAGAUGGAAGCUGCUUUGGAUGUGAAGAAACAAAAAGACCUGAGUGGCUUUUAUCGGCACCUGUUGAAUCAGACUGUAGGAGAGGAGGCAAUACCAGAUCGCUCUGCGAACAAACCUCAAACUUCAAAGGAUUCAAAAGACACAGAAAAGACUUCACCUGCUUCCUCGCCUCCAUCCAAUGAAAAUAUCCCAAGUUCAAGCAGUGACAUCGAGGAGGCGCAUGAGCAGAAAUCUGGGUUUAGCAAGCCUGGGGGCGGCUCUGCACACUCAAAACGCCAGUACAGGCAGAGGUCACCUUCAUCAGGGAGCGGUGAUGAAAAGGAGAGGGAAAAGGAGAAGGAGCGAGACAGACAUAAAAAGAGCCACAGAGACCAAGACAGAGCAAGGAAUAGAGAGAGAGAGCGAGAAAGAGACAGAAACAGGGGAAGGGAAAGAGAUGACAGGCAUGGAGAAAGAAGAAGCGACAGAGAUAGAAGGAGAGACAGAGACCGAGGUAGAGAAGACGACAGAGGUAGAGGAGGCAGAGGUGAUACCGAAAGGGACGACAGGCAUGGAAAGAGGGAGAGGAGCUCCAGAGAAAGAGAACGGGAUAAGAAUGGGGAGAGGGAAAAGAGAAGGAAACCGGAUGAAGACAAGAGGAAAGACAGACAUCUGGAGGAAGAGCAGGCACUACGGAAGGAACCAGAGAAGGAGAAGGGCAUGAACAAGGAAGAAAAUGAACUUGAAAGGAAGGAAGAAGUUGAAUGCACAAUAGAGAACAAAGAUGAGCAGAAAAAUCAAGGUGAGGAGAAAGAGGAAGCGGAGGAGAAGACAAACAAGUUUGCAAAGCGCAGCACAGAUCAGACUGUGAGUUCGGCAAGAGAGAGGUACAUGGCCAGGCAGAUGGCCCGCUCUGCAUCUAAAAGCUAUAUCGAGAAAGAGGAGGACUGAGAGCACACACAGAAAACAUCUCCAAACUGCACUCUGUGUUUUGAGAAUAUUUAU